AUGCACUGGGGGGUUGGCUUCGCCUCGUCCAGGUCGUGUGUGGUGGAUCUGAGCCGGAAUCAAAGCCUCUGGUGCGCGGGGUCCGACGAUCACUUUUCCUUUUAUGGGGAGAUCAUCGCUUUCCCUCUGCAGGAUUACGGCGGGAUCAUGACAGGGCUGGGAUCUGAUUCGUGGUGGAAAAAAACCCUGUAUUUGACGGGGGGAGCCCUGCUGGCAGCCGCUGCGUAUCUGCUCCAUGAACUCCUGGCCAUUAGGAAAGAACAAGAGGUUGAUUCGAAAGAUGCUAUCAUACUGCAUCAAUUUUCAAGGCCAAACAACGGUAUUCCCAGCUUAUCUCCUUUCUGUUUGAAAAUGGAGACUUACUUAAGGAUGGCUGAUUUACCUUACCAGAACUAUUUUGAUGGAAAACUUUCUCCUCAAGGGAAAAUGCCAUGGAUUGAAUACAAUCGUAAAAAAGUAUCUGGCACAGAGUUUAUUAUUGAUUUUUUGGAAGAUAAGCUUGGAGUGAAUUUAAACAAACACCUUGACCCACAUGAAAGAGCAGUUUCUAGAGCAGUAACAAAGAUGGUAGAGGAGCACUUUUACUGGACCUUAGCAUAUUGCCAAUGGGUGGACAAUCUCCAUGAGACCCAGAAGAUGCUGUCUCUUACUGGCCCCUUCAGUGACUUAUUGAAGUGGAUUCUCUGCCAUAUAACGAAAGGGAUUGUGAAGCGGGAAAUGUACGGCCAUGGUAUUGGCCGCUUCUCCGAGGAAGAGAUAUACAAGCUGAUGGAGAAAGACAUGCGCUCCUUAGCAGGUCUUCUGGGUGACAAAAAGUACAUCAUGGGACCCAAGCUUUCUACCUUAGAUGCCACAGUCUUUGGUCAUCUGGCACAGGCAAUGUGGACAUUACCAGGAACCAGGCCUGAGAGGCUCAUUAAAGGAGAAUUGAUUAACCUUGCUAUGUACUGCGAGAGAAUAAGGAGGAAAUUCUGGCCGGAGUGGCAUCAUGACGAUGACAACACUCUGUAUGAGUCAGAAGAAAGUAGCGAAGCAAGCAAGACUAAUCUCUUACAGGACUUCAGUUUUUAUUCAAGGACAGAAACAUUUGAAGAUGAAGGAGCCGAAAAUAGUUUUUCCCGAACGCCUGACACUGAUUACACUGGACAUUCCCUCUUUGAUUCAGACGUGGAGAUGGAUGACUGCACAGAUCAUGAACAAUGCAAGUGA